GCCGAUCGGCGGCGGCGGCGGCGGCCGGCGGGCGGAGGAGAUGUCGCUGAAGGAGGUCCGGAUGGGGGAGGAGGUGUGGCUCACCUGCCUCUCCCACGCCCUCACCACCGAGACCGAGGAGGUCAUGGGCCUCCUACUCGGCGACGUCGAGUCCUCCAGCAGGGGCGGCUCCACCGCGCUCAUAUGGGGCGCGUCGCCGCAGAUGAGGUGCGAGCGCAAGAAGGACCGCGUCGAGGUCAACCCCGAGCUGCUCGCCGCCGCCUCCGCGCAGGCCGAGGUAAUGACGGCCACCAUCGGGAGGACUACCCGGGUGAUCGGCUGGUACCACUCGCACCCGCAUAUCACCGUCCUGCCUUCCCAUGUAGAUGUGCGUACCCAGGCGAUGUUUCAGUUGCUCGAUCCAGGCUUUGUCGGGCUGAUAUUUUCUUGUUUUAGUGAAGACGCUCAGAAGGUUGGGAAAAUCCAAGUGAUCGCCUUCCAGUCACUUGGUGGGACACAGCCCACACUCGGUGCUAUUGUUCCUGUUAUUAGCAGUCCAGUCAUCGACCUCGACUCAUCCUGGAGUUCAUCGGAUAACUCUGCACGAUAUGGUUUAGAUGGCAUCGAACAGGACACAGGGGAUUCUAGAGCUUCGAACGGAAGCAAGGUUUGGGGAAGAUCUCAGGAUGCGGAUCUUUAUUCUCAUUUGGACGCAAAUCAAUCGGCAAAACAUCAGCCAAGAGAAAACGCUCUUGUUCUUUAUGAAGCGGUCAACUCUCCUGUAGCCUCUGUUGAUCAAGAUGGUUCAGAUCUGUCCCCAAGCAUACAGGAGGCUUUGCACCGGUCAACUAUGGACAUAAGUGGUGCAGAGUAUAGAAGGAAGGAGGUGCCACUGCAUGUAUUCCCAACAAGGCAUCUGCUAAAGCUGGACGCUACAAUGACUUCUUAUUGUGAGAUGCAACGUGUCCUUUUUCAAGAGGAGCAAUCAGCAUAUAAUCAAGCUAUGCUUCAAAAUAUCUGUGAUGGGAAGAUGCAUCCACUUACAUCUAUCCACCAUACGUCUACAUACAAUUCCUCCCUCUGCAAACUAAUGGAAUACUGUUUGAGCCCAGCUAUAACUGUACUUCAGGACCGUGUGAAAGAGAAUGAGCUUCGGUUAGCUAUGCUACAGGAGGAGGCUAAACAGCUUGAGGCGGAGAACCAGAGCAUGAGACUGGAGUCGCCUCGCAGGUUGAUGCAGCGAGGGACUAGUAGCGUCAGUUCAGCAGCCGCUUCCGCCAUCCAAGGCGGUCCCAGAAGUCCUAGCGGUAGCUUCCGGAGGAAGGCUACUUGAUUUCAACCUUUGAGCUGAUGCGGCCCCGGCUGAUGCUUUGUGGAACCCUCCGACCUGUGGCUGUUGAUGAUGGAUGAAUGAAGGCGCGUACAGUGCCACUGUAGAUACCCGUCUCCUUUCAGCACAUGUUCUCUUGUGGAUGUUAUCACGCGCCAAUCCUUUUGUAAGAUUACCCCGUGCUUGUAAAAUCUGUACUUAGCCAGUUGGCUCACCUGCUGUUGCCAAGGAGCAGCGUUUCUCGAGUCAUUUGAUUUCUAAUUUUCUAGUCGGGGAAACUCUUGUAGCAAUCCUAUUGUGGAAAUGUUUAGUCAAGCUUCUGCAGUCUGGGU